AUGAUUCAGCCGCAAGGAAAUCCACGAAAGCGGGCCGCCACAUUCAGAUUAAAUGUUAGGAAGCGAGAGCGAGCAAGUCCUAGGCAGAUAUAUCGUGCUGGGAGGAUAGACGAGCAGCAGGCUGAGGACACUGGCAGCGCGGCUGGAGGUCGCCAAUCGCGUGAGCCACACGAUCUUGCCGGCGUCCGCCGUCCUCUUGAGCCUUCCGCGCCGUCAGCCCCUUUCAUUCCAGUCUGGUCUCAAACCAAGGCUGUCGAUUAUGCCGCUUGUCAUCCACCGGUAGGGUUCAAAAUCCAACCACAACGUGGAAUCCUCGGCAGCGGGCCAGUCGAUAAUGAUUACUCUGGGAUGCUUGAGAUACUGCUCUUCUGUCCGAUGGUGAACUUCUGGUUGAUAGACUCCCUGUCGAUAGCUCUGGAGGAUAUCUUCUGGCUGCUCGCCCGCGUCGAAGGAAAACGACUCAAGCGACUUUUCUUUACCCCCAACGGCACAUGGACUGGUUCAGGAUACUUGCGACUGAACUGA